AUGCGCAUUAGAUCGGGUCGAGUCGGACCCGAGCCCAUCUCCACGCACGCAUCUCCUAGUCCUCCUCCACGCGCCCCCCCCGCCGCCACGCGCCCGCUCGCGCCGCCCUUCUCCCCUCGCCGCCCUGCGGCCCCCGGCCCGCUCGCGCCACCCUCCUCUCCCGCCGCCUUUUCCCCUCUCCGCCCUCCUCCCCCGCCGCUCGCGCCGCUUCCUCCUCCCUCGCCGUCCUCUGGCCCCUGGUCCGCUCGCGCCACCCUCGUCCUCCUCGCGCCCCCGCCCGCCGUCCCCUGGCCAGCCUCCUCCUCGUGCCCCUGCCCACCCCUCUUCGCUGCCGACGAGGCCCUGCCCAGCCCCUGUUCCCUGCACACGCGUUUUUAUCGUGUGUUGCCCGUGGUUGAGGAGAUGGCGAAGAUGACUUUGCGGGGGGCAUGUGAGAGGUUGAAACCACAGGUGUGGUACAACCAAAAGAUCACGGCCGCUAGUCACUUCUGGGCACAGAGAGGCGAGAGGGUCCACAAGGCGGACAUUGUCGGUAAGAAUCCUAACGCCCAGUACGUGAUGACGGUUAUCUCCGAUUGGGCUGAGCGGCAUGCCGAGGCAUGGGAGGAGAUGAGGGCCGAGGCAGAACCCAGGGAGGAGAUUACUGACGUCCAGCAUCGUCGCCCGGAGAUGGAUGACCCCAUGAGCGCGGAGAUCGACGAGGAGUCGUUGGUCCUGUCGUACAGAGGGUUGCCGCAUGGCCGUCUCAAGAUGCAUACCCUCACCACGACCUUCACGCGUCUCAAGGAGGGCCUCACCAAAGACAGCCCCCCUAUCACGCCUCGUCGCCAGCCUCGGCAACCAGCAUACGACCGUGACUUUGAGGCGGCCUACGUGGCCGCUCAUCAAGAAUAUCAGGAGUCCUUUCACCGGCACCAGAGGGAGUUCCAGGAGUACAUGACAUAUGUACAUGCAUCGAUGGUGGCCACUCAAACUGGACAGACAGUGGAGUUAGGGCCGUGGCCUCCCUUGCCGGGGCCGAUGCCAUUGAUGUCAUCGAAGGAAAUUUUCGCUGCGACAUACUAUGGGAGUACACCGGGAAUGGGAUGUUCCGGGAACCAGGGUUAUGGUCAUGUCUGGGAUGGUGGGCCUUCUACUUCAGCGCAGUAUCGCCAGCCCUCGCCUCAGUUCAACAAUGAAGAUCUCGCUAACCUCUAG